CUUAUGUGAAAUGAAGCAAAUAAUUUGACAGCUAGCGCCAUGGGAGCCUUCAGUUUGUUGCUGAGAUGAAGUAAGAUGAUAGGGCUAUUGCAUUGUUAGUUCUUGAACUUUAUACUGCCUUGUUUUCUUAAGUAAACUCGCUGACACGUUGAUAAAUUCGCUGGGAACAGACAGUUUAUACAAAGGAAUUUUAGGAUUUGGCUCUGAAUCUAACUCUAGGCAUUCAUAUGGAACAAGUUCUGUGAUUUAAUGAAUUGACGGGAAAGGAAUUUUCGGAUGUGAAUAUCGGUUUGAUGUGGUUGUCUUUCUUUCGUCAUGCCGUUGUCUUGGAAGUCUGUAUGGGAUGAUUUCGCUAUGAGCUACAGCGCAGCGAAACCUGACGGUGAAAGGCAGAAUGUUAAGACAGGUAAAUGAGCAAUGUGUUUGUGUAUAUAGUUAUAGUUUCACAAGCACUAUCACUUCAGCAGAUCAGAUGGUCAACCAACAGUAUGUAGCAGUCUCGUAUUUGGUGGCAAGUGAAUUGAAUUGAGAGAUAUGGACUAAUUCGGUUGCUUUUGUAAACUCUCAACUCAUUUCUGAAGAAGAUGCCAUCUCGGUUGGCCGUUGUCCUGUAACGCUUGUGUUUGUGUUAGGUUCAGACAUGUUGUCACCCGCACCGCAACUCAAAUAUAAUAAUACAGUACAAGUUUAUUAAAGAAAUGUAUAAUUUGUACAUCACUAUAUUUAUAAAGAAAUGUACAAUUUGUACAUCACUAUAUUUAUAUAGUGCUGAUGGCGUCGAAGUUUGAUCGUGUAUCUAUAGUCAGCCGGUAUGUUUUCGAAGGGAGGUUUGAGAACACACGCAAUGCAUGGUAUAGGUGGACUUACUGAAAGUCUGCGGCCUGUGCGCAUGGGUGAUUAAUUUUAAAUAUGACAGUAUAGCUACUUUGUUGGGGCAUAAUUUGAGCAAGGAUAAAAGUAAGGUUGAGUGGCUGACUCAUGUCGUGUUGGUGACAGAGGUUUUGUAUCUUGACUGUUUAUGUAGUUUACACUGGCAAAUGUUGCCGCGAUUUUUAUUGCGAUUUUAUUCUGUUGCAUGUGAACACCCAGAAUGUUCUGAGUGUAUAUCAAUAAUAUCAUACCCUCAUUUGAACAUUCAUAAUUCGUUCUCUCCUUCACUUCAAACAGAAGAAGGGGAAAAUCGCGCUAAACAGCGCAUGCUUGAGAUAGUGAGGAAAAAAUUGGUACAAUUUUAGCGUCAGUAUAUACAUGCGGAAUUGUGUUGAACAAUUAUACUAUUGUUGGUAUGUGGUUAUCACUGAAGCAUAAAUAUACACUGAUGAGUCAAAGAUGUAAAUAACCAAAUCUGUACUCGAUUAAUAUUUUACUUGUAUGGUUUCCUAUGCCUUAAUAAUGCUUUGAUUUGUGUUGGCUUGAGGCAGGCGGUGAUCUGGGGCAGUAACUCUUACUGAGGAAAAAUCUGGUUGAGAGUGCUAAUGCUUUACGAAUCAGCUCAUUACCACUGAAGCAUGAAUUUAAUGAUUCAAACUUAGCUUGUUUUACUUGUAUUUGUUCGGUGUGUAGAGUUCCUAUGUCUUCACACUACGUUUUAAGUAUCUGGAUUGCUGACUGUUAACUGGUGUCCUCAACGUUGGCGCAUAUUUGCAUAGCACAUGCUAGACUACGUGGCUAUAUAUGCUUUAAACCUUGAACAAAUACAGUAGAUUAACACUGGAAAUUUUUUCAAGAUCAUGAUGUUUGUGAUGUUACUCUGAGUGUAUAUCCACACCGGGCAAGCUUGAAAAAUAUGCCUGGCCAGGGUGGGAAUCGAACCUACGACCCUUGGAAUACCGAGCCCAAUGCUCUGCCAACUGAGCUACGCGGUCAGGUCGGUUCGAGUAUGUGAUAUUUUGGAACUAGGUCUAGUUCCUUCGAUAUCAAUGCAAUCUAGUAAUCAUGACUUUUCUGAGUUAGACACAGAAAAAUCAUUUUUCCAAAUCCUUAUUAUGGAAAUCACACUUUCCAUCUUAUGGAUAUAGUAUGGAUAUAUAUGCUAUGUCUAUGGAUUUAGUGAUAUAAAAUCGCAAAUUCCAUAGAACGAAUUUGACUAUUUUUUUCUAGUGUAACGGCAAACCGUGGUGCUGCACUUUUAGGCGAAAACGUAAUCUGAUGUAGAAACCUUUCGUAGUAUUAUAUAAGUUGCCAACGUUGCCCAUGAGGGCUACAUGUAGUGGGAUUUACCGUCUCUAUAUCUACUCAAAAAGUUCUGAGUGGUCUGGGCAGGAACAGAGCUACAACUGCUGAUAUCAGUGUCUUAGAAGCCAUAUGUUUCGACAUGCGCUAUUUUCGUUAGUGUCAAUGCCUUGUGGAGAAAAAUUUCUAACAGUUGUUAAAAUCACAAGGCUUUGUAGUUGUUGUUGGUUGAUUUAAUAAGUGUUUAUCCACAUUACACAAAGAACAUGCAAUUUCCACUGAGUCAUGACACAAACAAUAUCAGUUCCUGCCUUGUCUAUUUUGGACGCGCGCCGUACGUGACCUUGCAUUUCCACUUAACCUUGCCUUAACCACGCCUUCAACAAUUUUUUCGUCUAAAACGCUUUCGUCUUUUUCGCAGAAAAUCAAACGAACACGAAAUUCAUCGUAAUUCUGGUCGUCACAGCUUUUUUCGCCGUCAGUAUCGUCUGCCUUCUCGCUGCCAUCCUCUAUAAAUGGCUACAAAAACGCCGUCGGGAUAAAGCGAAGGAAAAACUCGCCACCCCAGCUAAAAAACGUACCCCAAACUCGCCCCAGGAUAAACCACGUCACGUGAAGCUCAUGCGCUCCGACAGUUCACUGUCGGAGAUCGUCGACACUAGUCGAGAGUCUUCGCUUCCUCCGACACCCUUGAGUCCACUCAGCGAAGAAGAUAACUUAUCGUUUCCGUUCGAAAGAGGGCGACUAGAAUUUUCAAUAUUUUAUGACCGUGAGAAAGAGUGUUUGAAGGCCACCGUUAUCCAAGCUCAUGGCCUACCACAACGCUCUUGUAUAUUCUAUGUGGAAGGGACACUCUUACCUGAUGUUACCACCCAACAAAAGACAAGUAUUCGCUAUCACAAUCCCAGCCCUGUUUUCGAAGAGUCCGUUAAAUUCUCGCUACCCUUCGAAGAGCUGUCUGAAAGGACACUGUGCUUGAAGGUGGUAGAAUUGGAUGGUUUUUCAAAUAGACUGCCAGUGGGGCAUUUGCUGUAUUCGUUUGAUACCGAGAAUAAUAAUUAUAUGGACAUGUUGAGAAUGGACCAGGAACUGAGUCGCGGAAAACCUCAGGUAAUUUGAGAGGACUAUGGUAAAAUCUUCAAAAAAACGCACAAGUUGUAACAAACCUGCAGCAGACUUGUAGCAGUGCUGUUCCAACAACUUGUCAACAGGAUGUGUUCGCACUGCUUGUUCCCAGCUUGUUGACAUGUUGUCAACGGCUUGUUGACAACUUGCUACAAGGUUGUUGAGCCCAACAGACUUGUUACAAGUUGUUUCAACAACUUGUUAUCGUUCUGCAAUGCAACAAUUUGUCAACAAGUUGUGAGUGACAACCUUGUAGCAACUUGACAAAAUAACAACAUUGUUACAACUUGUUGACAAGCUCGCUACAAGCCUGUUGCGAACACAUCUUGUUGACAAGUUGUGAGAUUUUUACGUGUGUACCAGUGUAGCUACUGCCAGUGAUAUGAAAGCUGCGCAAUGGACCAUUUGCAUUAUGGACUAAAUUUUGAUCUAGACAAGUCUAGACAAAAAUUUCAUCACAGCUUGAAAGAGCGUCACAAAAUUAGUAAUAUUCCAAAGUUUCGUUGCGAAAUGUUGUAAAAUGCGGAUAAUAUAGCCUUGCGAAGUUUGUCGUUUUUCAGUCAUUUUGUAUUACAAACGGGAAAUUGACAGCCCCAAUGGGUAUUGGGCUGUGAAUUUCCCCCGCGUAAUGCGAAAGGACUGAAAAACGGCAAACUUCGCAAGGCAAUAUUAUCCGCAUUUUACAACAUUUCGCAACGAAACUUUGGAAUAUUACUAAUUUUGUGAUUCUCUUUCAAGCUGUGAUGAAAUUUUUUUCUAGACUUGUUUAAAUCAAAAUUUAGUCUAUAAUGCAAAUGGUCCAUUCGAAGCUUUGAGGAUUAUGAUAAACACUGAUGGUCAUGUUUUACUAUAUUUUUUCCAGGACGAUUCUGAAAACUCGAACAUUGGCGAAAUAUUGGUAUCUCUAUGUUACCUGCCCACAGCUGGUCGUCUAACUCUGGUGGUUCUCAAAAGUCGCCUAUUUCAAGCAAAUAAUGGCUUGCCAAGUAAGUUACUUCAUGCAUCUUAUAUUAUUUUAAUUAAAGAGUUUACAUAACUAAUACUAGUGCAUUAAACACUCGAUGUUCGUUCGGAAAUGUGCUGGACAUUGGACAUGUUAGAUGAGCUUGUUUUUGUAGCAACUUUAAAACGGAAUGUUAGGGAGAGCCGUGUUAGGUAAAAAGCAUUUGCAAGCUUAUCCAUUAAAAAAACUUUUAAAGAAACACAUGCAUGCCUCUUCGCUAUAUUCUUUUAAGUAUUUUUUCAGAUAACAUGAUUUUGGUUGCUAGAAUGGUUGCGUUUCAAGUUGCUGAAAAACAUGCCUCGUGUAACAUUGUCUUAAAUAUUCCAUCUCGCAUUUCAAGUUUAAACUUAUUAAACCCAAAUGGGCUAUGUAUCUGAUAGGAAGUUCGUCUGCCGACUCAUUCUUCAAGUCGAUUUAAAGUUCGUAUAAAUGUCUUAUACUUUAUUUUUCAACCUUCGUAAAUCUUUCAAACUCGACCAACCGACAUUUCGUUUCGGACUUUCGAGCGAGGCUUGUUUUCUGACUCGCUCCACGGCCGCGUGUUUCAAUCCAGCUUCCAAAAUCUCGUCAGGCUGCGCUGGAUUGGCACUGAAAGACCUGGGGCGACUCUCGAUCCCAGGAACGGCUAAGCUCUUUGGCCGCGUGGUAUGCUCUGGAGCUUUCACGUGAUUCUUAUUUUUUAACAUGUGAUUGACUUUAUGUACUUCGAUCGCACCCGGCAUGCUUUUCCGUCGUUCUCUAUUGAAGUGGUAGAAACUUUUAAACUCACCGUUGCUAUGCGACGCCAUGUCAUCGCUGCUCGAAAAUAGAUGGCGGUCUUUUGACUUCGGAGAUUGAAUUUCGAUAUAAGGUUGCCCUUUUCGUACCGGAUCUUUGUACCUUUGGUCGUUUCUCGUAUAGUCUGAUACCGGCGGUGUACGUGGCCGAGUUCGAUUUGUUGCGUGGAUUUCUUCGCGUGAACUACGCGUGGGACGAUUUGUCGCGUGCACUUCCUCGCGGCAAACACCUUCUUUGCGUGCAAGCCCACCAACCUGUUUUCUCACGAGAAAACUGCUCACGUCGACUCGGGAAACUUCGGGUAACGAUCGGUACUCGAACAUUAACGACAGAUCGUCUCCUGGAUAGUACUUUUUACCGUGUUGCUGACGUUCGUACCGCAACGCCGCCAAAACUGCUUGUUUUUUAUUGUGAAGUUCCGUGAUUUGUCCGUUCGUGUUUGUAAUUGAAUAAUUAUGCUCGUUUUUAUCCAUUCGUAGCUGAGUUAAUUCGCUUUCUAACUGCGCGAUAAUAGUCUUGCAUUGUUCUAUAUCAUCUAAAGCCGAUGGUGGGUUAUUGAGAGCUAAGAACUCGAUCACAGGCGGGCUUUGAAGCACAUCGCGUUGUCGAGUUAUCAUGUACAAAAACCCUUGCAAGCCCUGACGUCUACUGUUUAAGAACCGCGGUUCAAAGUUGUCACCAAAAUAUCUUUUGGGAGGCAAACUGAAUUCCUUGGCGGGAAAAAUUCGCUUCAAGUCGCUCUUUAAUUGAUGGAAUUCUCUGUAGCGACGUGUUAUCAACCAGCCUUGUUUGUCGCCGUUGUGCACGUAUAUUUUGUACACGGUGUGGCGUUUGCACGCGGGUUUUAUUUCGUGACACGUUAUAGCGGUUUCCAAAUCCUCGAACUGAGAGAAGUCCGAUUGAAUGUUGUUGACUUUAAUUUUUGGUAAGCGUGUUAGCUCCAUCGUAAUGCGUGUUCGUUUACAGGUAUUUUCAGCGAGGAUGUGUUUUCGUUCCAAAAAACGACCACGCUAUUUUUUAGGCUCUUUCUUUAAACCGCAAGUCCUGAUUAGUAUCCAGUUUGGGGCAAGCGGUUCACAUGCACAUUCUUUUCACAAUAACUACAGGUGGUUGUUUGACGUAGGUUUGUGUUUCUUUUCUUUAAAACCAAGACGUUUGUGAAAGUGUAGCUGCUUUGGAGAUGCACUUUUGCAGGCAAGCGCAAUUUUAAAGUUCCGCCUUUUGAAGUUUCGAAGUGUUCAGUGUCUACUUUCUUUUUAAAUGACAAACAUUAUUCAUAAUAAGCCAUAUCAUUCAUGAUUCACAAACACGACAGCUGUUGUUUGACGCUUUUUAAUAUCUUAUAAAUACUGUUUCACAAUCCUUUCUCCCGACCUCAAACGUCCUUUGAAAUUUGAACUUUCUGUAUAGAGAGCCGCUUUUGUUUACUUUUUUGAAUGCGAGUAACUUUAGUUUUAAUCACUCUUUCGCGAUAAAGGCACGUAUUCUUUAACGUUUCGACGCUAUUUUCUUUUUCAAGCAAAUCACCAGCAAGGUUUUAAAAAGCUUUCUUCGUAAUUUGACGUAGUUUAACAACUUCCUAUCACUGAAGCAAGUCAUUAACUUUAAUCUUCGUUCAUUUACAACAGCAGGUGUUUUUUUGACAUUUUGACGCCACUUUAUAUUCUCUAAACAACACCCACGAUCCUUUCUCGUUAUUGCCCAAACUCUCCUCACAAGUUUUGCCGUCUAAAAAUAAGCUGUGCUUUGUUCCUCUUCUAUCCUAGCAAGUUAGCAGAUAUAGGUCCGUAUAUUAACUCACAAAUUACGACAGGUGUUCUUUGUUUCACGUCUAGCUUGACUCCGCUAGCUCUAUAUUCCACACACAACACACUUGAGCCUUGAGUGCUCUUACUUCCUCGUGUCAAUCAAACCAGUUCCAGAAAUCUUUCGUCGAUUCCUCGAGAACGUCUCUACGUGAUCAGACCCACCACGGUCCAAUGUCUUUGCGAAGAUUUUCACACUGUUUGCUAAUUCGCUUUCUCAAAUUAUCGCUAUCUCUUUCCUUUAGUUUUGAUAUUAAGCUGCAAAUGAGUUUUUAUAGAUUAGUUUCAGUUUAAAAUUUAAUAACGGCUGUUUACAACAUGGCCCGAUUUACUUGACCACGUUGCCAAAAUAUUGUCCAUGCAAUUAUAGACCCAAUAACGUUUUAAACCUAAAAGUUGCGGCUUUUGCCUUUAUUCUUUCACUAAUUCGAUAUCAAGCAUGCACGAAAUGUACGCCAGUUUAAAAUAUUAGAUAUGUAAAUUAAAACUUGGCUAAUGCCUCCUCUAUAUGCUGUGAAAAGAUAAGAAAUUUAUAUUAAACAUUUAAAAAUUAGGCUAUAUAGUUCUUCAGUACGAAACUACAAGCAUACUACUAGAGUUCCUAAUACGUAUAGACGCGCAGCAUAAUGCAUGUAUUUCGGUUUGAAGUCUUUAAAGGCCCGUUUCUACUCGGGAAAAUUUUUCGCAGAAAGAAAAUUCUGUAAAAUUCGAUUGGCCCGAAGUUGAAAAUUUUCGACUUUUAUAACAAUGAUAUUUUGGGAAAAUUUUUGUCCGUGGAAAUUUUUCUCGAGCGGAAGUGGGCCUUGAGACUGCAUGUACACGUUUAAAUGUCUUCUUACACAUGCUAUAUGGACAAUCAAUUUAUUAUAAACAUGCAAUAUUUAUUGUGCUCCAGGCUGUAAAUAAUUUCCAGUACACUAUAUAUAGAUUUAUUUUUCGUCUAGUUUGAUACUUAUUUCAUGUCCGUUGCAUCUUUAUAAGUCCAUCAUCAUCAUCAUCAAUCAAUCCUCCAGCACUGUGUCGCGUAAAAUAUAUUUAAAUUUGAAAUUUGUGAUAUCAUUCAAGUGCCUCCCUAGAUUGGCCAUAUAGAUACGCGGUAAACAACUUCAUUAAUUCUCUGUUCAAAUUUUUUUCUCAUUAUCAUUGAGAAACAAACGGUUCAGUCGAGGUGGACCGGAAUAAAAUAUACGCGGACAUGCGUAUAUUAAGCGAAGACUUAACAGAUUACAAAAUUAGGAGCUGUAUAACAUCGUAUCUAAUCGAUACAGACGGAAUAUAAAACGUUUAAAUCUUAUCUAGUCCAUGGUAGACUUGCCCCAUACUACUAUACCAUUGCCGUUCUUAAAAGUCAAUAAAACUCUAGUUUUUGAUAAACCGACAUUUCCUAUAUGAAAUAUAUGGCUAAUCAUAUUUGAAAAUAAAAUGCCUAAUAGAAGUGACUUUAGACUAAAAUUUCUUUGAUUCUGCGGUUGACAACCUCCUGAAUUAGUUUGUGAUUUUUAGUUUAUGAUUUUCAGCGCUUAUAUAUAACGGAUUAACUUGCUGUAAUAAAACCGUAAAUUAAGUUUGAAUAUUUUGCACGGCCAGGGUGAGAAAUAAGGAUUGUAUACUCACCGCUGCUUUAUUCCAUAACCAACCGACAUCGGUGCAAAUCACUGUUGAUUAUAAACCAUUUUUUGUAGUACCGAGCAGGAUUUGUCCCAAGUUCUCGCUCUUGGACUGGUGGCGUUGCUGCUUGCGUCUGCUGUAUAUCUUGGACUUGCGUGUAAAUUGAAUAUAAUUAUUUCUUUUGUCCACAAUUUCCUAUUCGUUCAAAAGAUAGUCGAUGCUUCGAGAUCAAAUUUCGCCCACUCUGCAAUCUUGUAAACUGUAUGAAACCUUGAUCCUUUACUCAAUUGCUUUGAACGAUCUCUUGCAGUGCAGUUAAUCGCGUUUUUUUGUGUAACAAACUGAUAUUUAAAUAUCACAAACUUUUCGUCAAGUGCCUCAGCCUUCAGCGUUUGUUCUGUUGCUUGCGAGAAAUCCGAAAUUCUUCGUUGUUUUUGCCUUUUUCUUCGAGAUUUGACCCGAAUAUUUACUCUUGUUAUCGUUUCCAAGCUCGUUACGCCCAAACCAAGGACGAAAUUGCGUUUUGUUUUGUCGUCGAAAGUAAAUUUUGAAUAAAUUGACAGCGCUUGCAGCGACCGGCGAUGCUUGAGCCAGAUUAACCAAUCAGCGUACGUUUCGUUAUCUUCAUACAUCGCACGCAGCGGCUGGCGUUGUGACAACUCAUGAAAUAGUAAACGUAUUCAAACGUACAUCUUUGUAUGCAGGGGGGGAGAGCGCUGAGAUGAACAAGGGCUAAUGGAUCAUUUGCAUUAUGGACGAAAUUUUGAUCUAGACAAAAAUUUCAUCACAGCUUGAAAGAGCAUCACAAAAUUAGUAAUAUUCCAAAGUUUCGUUGCGAAAUGUUGUAAAAUGCAGAUAAUAUAGCCUUGCGAAGUUUGCCGUUUUCAGUCAUUUUGUAUUACAAACGGGAAAUUGAUGCCCCAACACCCGAUUGGGCUGUCAAUUUCCCGUGCGUAAUACAAAAUGACUGAAAAACGGCAGACAUCGCAAGGCUAUAUUAUCCGCAUUUUACAACAUUUCGCAACGAAACUUUGGAAUAUUGCUAAUUUUGUGAUGCUCUUUCAAGCUGUGAUAAAAUUUUUGUCUAGAUCAAAAUUUAGUCUAUAAUGCAAAUGGUCCAUUCGUUGAGGAUGUUCUUUAUGUAAUAUUGCACGUAAGAUUAUAUUUUUAGCACUGAUAAAGCUAUCCAGUAUAAAUAAAGUUAGUUUAAUUAGGUUUCCUCCUGUAAAGGAUGGCUUACACUAUCAAAGUUUCUGUGAUCACAGUAGGAAUUUUGCAUUAGGGAAAUUCUAAGUUUUGAAUGAUUUGUAAGAAAUUUUUGAGGGAACUGACUUAGUGUUUAACACUAUCAAUAACAGCUAUCCAGUAUAAAGAAAGUUAGGUUGGUUUAGGUUUCUUCCUGUAGUAAGACUGGAUCAAUAAGAGAUGAUCCUUACUGGAUCUCUAGGAAGAACAGUUUAGAGCUGAUAGAGCUAUCCAGUAUAAAUAAAGUUAAUUUGGUUUAGGUUUCUUCCUGUAGUAAGACUGGAUCAAUAAGUGAUGAUCCUUACUGGACCUUUAGGGAGAACAGUUUAUAACUGAUAGAGCUAUCUAGUAUAAAUGAAGUUAGUUUAGUUCAGGUUUCCUCCUGUAGUAACACUGGAUCAAUAAGAGAUGAUCCUUACUGGACCUCUAGGAAGAACAGUUCAGAACUGAUAGAGCUAUCCAGUAUAAAUAAAGUUAAUUUGGUUUAGGUUUCUUCCUGUAGUAAGACUGGAUCAAUAAGUGAUGAUCCUUACUGGACCUUUAGGGAGAACAGUUUAUAACUGAUAGAGCUAUCCAGUAUAAAUGAAGUUAGUUUAGUUCAGGUUUCCUCCUGUAGUAACACUGGAUCAAUAAGAGAUGAUCCUUACUGGACCUCUAGGAAGAACAGUUCAGAACUGAUAGAGCUAUCCAGUAUAAAUAAAGUUAGUUUAAUUUAGGUUUCCUCCUGUAGUAACACUGGAUCAAUAAGAGAUGAUCCUUACUGGAUCUCUAGGAAGAACAGGUUAGAACUGAUAGAGCUAUCCAGUAUAAAUAAAGUUAGUUUAGUUUAGGUUUUCUCCUGUAGUAACACUGGAUCAAUAAGAGAUGAUCCUUACUGGACCUCUAGGAAGAACAGUUUAGAACUGAUAGGGCUAUCCAAUAUUUAAAAAUGUUUUCAAUUUAGUUUAGUGUUCUGCAUGAAUUGCCUCCCCCCCCCCCUCCCUCCCCGCAUUGAAGGGCCGUUGGCGUGUAAACCUCAUGACAGCUUUAUUUACAACUCACGGAGAACAAGCAAAACAAUGGUCGAGUGAAUGAAUAAAAAUCGCAGUUCUCACAAAAUUAUCUUUGCGUGAAUCAAAAUAUGAUGUGAAAACCACAAAAUACGUUUCCACGAUUUCUCAUCAAUCAACUUAAACUGAAACGUCCGGCAUAGAAAUACAUGCAGGCAAACCAACAACGGAGUCAAAAACAUUCAAAUAAUGAACAGCAUUGUCCUUCCUUGUUCAUCACCAAUAUCUUCUCCAAGUGAUGCCCACAACAUUUUAAAUAUCGAAAUAGGUUUGCGCUGGCGUAGGUAGUGGCAAUAACAUCAGAAAGUUGCGGCAGUCGAAUUCCUCUCAAUUCGCACAUUUCUAAAUAUUGGAAUAGCAUUUCCUGAGCAAAAGGCAAACUGAAGUUUCUCCCUGGGCGACCAGAUGGAAUAUCAGUUUUUGUUUGCGGAAUAUGAAAUUGUUUGUGGAAUGCAGAUUACAGAGUAAUUUUUUCAAGAUAUGAUGUUGUUGAAUAAGGGUUUAAAAAAACAUGGUUUAAAAAAACUCCGCUUGGAAUGCAGAAUUUUUUAAAGAUAUUGGCAUGGAUAUGUGGAAAUUGUACGCUCCAAAAUUCCAUCUUAUCCCCCGAUUUUUUUAUCAUCGUUGACGUUCGUCCUGUGUCACCACAUUGCGGUUUUUGUGAUUGUGUACUUUUCUUAAUCUAAUCAACAAAUUCAAUUAAUUUUUCACGAGAAAAACGUAUUGCAAAUUGGCUGGCUCAAAUGAAAUUAGUUAUUAUUGCGAAAAUGCCGAAUAUUUAUCUCUAAAGAGAUUUCCUUUGUAUGAUAAUAAUAUUCUAAUAUCCAUAUAGUGAGAAGAAUUUAACCUAUAAUAUUAACUUUAUUUAUACUGGAUAGCUCUAUCAGUUCUAAACUAUUGUCCCUAUAGAAGUCCAGUAAGGGUCAUCUCUUACUUAUCCAAUGUCACUACAGGAGGAACCUAAACUAAACUAACUUAAUUUAUACUGGAUAGCUCUAUCAGCUCUAAACUGUUCUUCCUAGAGGUCCAGUAAGGAUCAUCUCUUAUUGAUCCAGUGUUACUACAGGAGGAAACCUAAACUAAACUAACUUUAUUUAUACUGGAUAGCUCUAUCAGUUCUAAACUGUUCUUCCUAGAGGUCCAGUAAGGAUCAUCUCUUAUUCAUCCAGUGUUACUACAGGAGGGGAUUAAAGUGCAGUGUUUGGUAGAGUCAAGCUGGAAGCACUCUUCUCACAUGCGAGGCAAAAUUACUAUCUAGACUUUUCAUUGUUUUGAAAAUCCCACUGUUCUCCAUGUCAUCCAGUCAUGAUCCAGUGAUGAAAAUGUUCCAUUGUCUUAUCAUUGUUUUAAAAAUGUCACUGUUAUCCAUGCCAUCCAGUCAUGAUCCAGUGAUCAAAAUGUUCCAUUGUCUUUUCAUUGUUUUAAAAUCCCACUGUUCUCCAUGCCAUCCUGUCAUGAUCCAGUGAUCAGAAUGUUCCAUUGUCUUUUCAUUGUUUGAAAAUUUCACUGUUCUCCAUGCCAUCCAAUCAUGAUCCAGUAAUCAGAAUGUUCCAUCGUCUUUUCAUUGUUUUGAAAAUCCCACUAUUCUCCAUGUCAUCCAGUCAUGAUCCAGUGAUCAAAAUGUUCCAUUGUCUUUUCAUUGUUUUGAAAAUCCCACUAUUCUCCAUGUCAUCCAGUCAUGAUCCAGUGAUCAGAAUGUUCCAUUGUCUUUUCAUUGUUUUGAAAAUCCCACUAUUCUCCAUGUCAUCCAGUCAUGAUCAAGUGAUCAAAAUGUUCCAUUGUCUUGUCAUUGUUUUAAAUAUAUACUCCAUACCAUCCGGUCCCUAUUGUUUUUUACUCCAUUGAAUAUGCGUAUCUUUUUACUCUUUAUGAAUAGGCGUAUUCAAUGUAUAAAAUGAAUUUGGAUAACUACGAGUUUUCUUCCAUCCUAGGUUCAUUCCUCAAGGUUUCUCUAAUGCUGAACCGGAAACAAGUGAAAAAAAUCAAAACCUCGGUCAAGAGUAAAACGUUAACGCCCGUAUACAACGAAGCUUUUAUAUUUGACGUGCCCACACAGCAUAUUGGGAACGUUGGCUUGUACGCGCGUGUGGUGAACGUGAGGGAUAAUGAGGAACUAUUGGGGAAGGUUGUUAUAGGUCCCAAUGCUAGGACGAGUAUGGGGGUACAUCAUUGGGAAUGUAUGCUGCUGUCUCCUAGGAAACCUAUAGCUCAGUGGCACAAAAUUUUGUAAUAAGUUUCUUUAUGGUAAUUAUUUAUUUGUACACAAGAAAUUUAAGUGUCUGUUAACAAAAGGUUUCCAAGAACGAUUACAAUCAAAAUGAUACUGUAAUAUUGAACAUAUUUACACAAUAAAUAAAUUAUUUUUACACUUUCAUGUGUUUUUCUAUAAAUUAUAGCACUGUUCUGUUCUAUCAUUCGAACGUCAAUGUUGCCUUUUCCUAAUCAGUCCUUGUCAUAGGCGUACGAGGCGGGGGGCAGGGGGGGGGUAGCUGCCCCCCCAACAAGAUUACAAAGUCGAAAAGUCGGGCAAAUGUUCAGCAAAAGUCGGGCAAAAGUCGGGCAAAAAGUAGUCAAACCCCAGUUUGUUGGGCAAACAAAGCCAGUUGGGCAAUAUUCACUUCACAGUUGGGCAGUAUUUGGUUAUUAUAAAAAUAAAUGGAACAAGUUCUGGAAAUAUGUCAAUUUUUCGAUUUUUGGGAAAGUUUGUUUGAUGUUUCGAAAAAUUUGGGCAUGUCCGAAAAAUUUUUUUGACCCCUAAAAUGGUACACUGACCGAAAUUUUUUUGGCGACGGGGGGGGAAAGGUCGCCAAAAAAAAUUUUCCGGAAAAAUUUUUUUUCGGCACUAGUCGAGCAUAAUCCGAAAAAGUCGGGCACAUUUCUUUCUGCCCCCCAAUUUUUUCCUUCCCGUACGCCUAUGGUCCUUGUAACAAGGUGAUAACAACUUGUUCUAGCUCAACAACUGGGAACAAGCAGUGCGAACACAUCCUGAUAUCGGCUUGACAACAACCUUGUUACAACUUGUGUGAAGAUCUAUAACAAGUACUAACAACUUGCGCAUUUUAACGUGUGUAAAUCACAGAAACGUAACGAGAGCCGUCGAGUGUUCUUCACUAACUUUAACAGCACCGCUUUACAACCUUUGCAAUGGCUUUCUUGAAUCUUUGGUUGCGCAACACGUAGAGGAAUGGAUCUAGGGAGCAGUGAAUCUGAAUGAGCGUGUUCAGCGGAUGCAGCCACGUAUGAAACGUCGUGUUAUCUCCGCCAGAAAGACGUUCAUAAAAUCUGAAAAUUGUGGACGGUAGCCAGCUGAGUAAGAAGACUGUCAAUAAUAAAGCGAUAGUUUUAGUCGCUCGCAUGUUUGAAAGCAAUUUUUUCCCCUUGUCAUUUGACCGUGAGUGUUUCCAUAUCUUCUUCACCUGUUUCCUAGCGAUGAUAAAAAUUGAAACUUGUGUCGCGACGAUGGAAGCUACGAUCACCCCAAGAAUGCUGGGAAACACAACCGCUGACAGGUUUCGUUUAAAGUACGCGGUCGCGCCCAUGGCGAAUGAUGCCAACCAUAUCCCGCUGAUCACGAAAAACGCGGUCCGUUUGGAGAUGAUAUUUUCAUAGCGAAGUGGCCAACGUAGUACAAUAUAGCGAUCCAUAGUGGCUGUGAGAAGGCUCAUAGAGCUUGCAGAGAGAGUGGCUUGGCCGAUCGCUCUUCUGACGGCCCACUCGUAAGGCUGAUUCGGUUCUCGCGCCAACAAUCUACGUAUCACAAAAGGCUGAAACAGAACGCUGGCCAGAAGAUCGGAGACGCAGAGACUCGACGUGAAUACGUCCGUGGUCUUUCGGAGAUCUGAAUGGCUGAGAACUAAUCCGAUUAGAAAUACGUUAGCCAAUGUGGCGAGCAUGAUUCCAACGAGGUCAAGUAUUGAAAACACCAGCGCGACCGUCAAGUCGAUUUGAACGAAUGGGAUGUCAAUGGAUGUGUUGGUAUAUUCAGGAGUAGGUGUGGUGGUUGCGUUUUCUCCAAGCGUUGAGAAAUUCAUCCCUGGAAAGAAAAUGUUUAACUUGAGCUUCUGCAUUAACACAGAUUUUUCGGGCUACCUAGGAUU